AUGAACAUUUGUAUAUAUGAAAUUUGCCGUGAAACCAUCGGAGGUGUUCGGAAAUUGAGUCGACACGCACGGCCUCGCCGGAGUUCGCCGAGUUGCAGAGAUGAGAAGAAGAGGGAGAAAGACGAUGCUGAUGAUAUGGGGUGUGCAUGUGUGUAUGGUGGUCUUGGACCAUCGCGUAGAGAGAAAGGGAGAGGAGAGCGACGGAUGGCCGGGGUGACGAGGAGAGAACAGAAGCCGAUCUGCCGAUGUGAUUGCGGGUCUCUGCUGCGUGAUGUGUGGGAGUGGGAGAAGACGAUGGUGAUGGACGGGUACGAGUCAAAGUUUAUCACAAAAAUUGUUAAGGUGAUUGGUGAUAAGCUAAUUCGCACACCCUUGAGUGUUGAAUCCAACUUGAUUGGAAUCCAAUCUCGAGUCAAACACAUCAAUUUAUGGUUACAAGAUGGAUCAACUGAUGGUAUAGUUGUUGUGUAUGGGAUGUCUGGAAUAGGGAAGACAACCAUUGCUAAAUAUGUUUACAAUUCAAAUUUCACAAGUUUUGAAGGAAGCAGCUUUGUUGAAAAUAUCAGAGAAACGGCAAGUCAACCGAACGGGUUAGUUCAAAUACAAAUGCAACUUCUUUAUGAUAUUUUGAAGGGGAAAAAGGAGAAAGUACACAACGUUAGUGAAGGGAUAAGUAAGAUUGAAAAAGCCAUAAGCUCUAGAAGAGUUCUUCUUGUUCUUGAUGAUGUAGACCAUAUGGACCAAUUAAAUGCAGUACUACGAAUGAAAGAUCAGUUUUAUCCCUGGAAGCAAAAUAAUCAUAACAAGGAUCCCCGCAUGGAAUAUUCAAAAGAGCUAGUGCAACAGAGUGGAGGACUUCCAUUAGCUCUUCAAGUUUUGGGUUCUUCUCUGUUAGGUGAGAGUAUGGAUGUGUGGACAAGUGCAUUGGAGAAGUUAAAAGUUAUUCCUAAUGACGAAAUCAUGAAGAAACUGAGAAUAAGCUAUGACAGUUUACAAGAUGACCAUGACCGGAAAUUAUUCCUCCACAUUGCUUGUUUCCUAAAAGAAAGGGACAAAAACUACAUUGUUCGAAUACUAGAUGGAUGUGAUUUCUUUACAACUGUUGGCAUUCAAAAUCUCAUUGAUAGAUGCUUGGUGAAAAUUGAUAAAGACAACAAGGUGAACAUGCAUAACCUGAUUCGUGACAUGGGAAGAGAUAUAGUUCCUCUAGAAUCUGGGAAACGUAGUAGAUUAUGGUGGCAUAAGGAUUCUUUUUGA